GAAGCAGCGAACUUACGCGCCUCCAACUCUAAACAUCGUGGUUUAGGAGGAGUUUGCGGCUCUUGCAGCUCCUCUCAGACCUUCACCAAAGCGUUCCCAUCUACGUGAGAGCGGCAGAGCAACAAGCAAGGGGACCUGCGGACACUUUUUCAGCGUGCAAAGUCCAGUGUCACUUUCUGGGAGAUGAGCCAAACCAGCCGCCAGUUAUCCUGCAGCAGAAACUGCUCACAGGGGACGAGGGGGAAGGCAGGCGAAGCGGCGGGCGCUCUCACCAUGGCGCGGAAAAGCGAAGAAAGUGGAGGAUUUUUCACCAAAACGCGCGCAGGAGGCAGACUCGGAGACUCGGAGAGCGGCGGCUACGGAUCCGAGCGCGGAAACCCGCAAGUCCGUGACAUGGAGACGCACUGCUGUCAGGCGGCUGCAGCUCCCAAGGAGAAGUUGCUGAGCGCUGACUGCCGCGUGGGGGACAGUCGCGCGUUCUCCGCCUGCGCCACCAUCUCAGAGACAGCCAGGGAGCUGUGUAAAGCCGUGUCCGUGUCUCUGGGUCUCACCGUGGAGUCCAGUGAGACCAGCAGCGUGGAUGCUCAUGCUGCGCUCCCCCCGUGUGCGCCAAGCGACCAAAUGAGCGCGGAGUGUUUUUACGGCGUCGACUGUCCCGGAGCGCCAGUGGCCGAGUACAGGUGUCCUGACCGAGCACCCCACGAGCACAAAUACCAGCUGAAAAUGUUCAGGAGUUCUGAGACUCCUUCACCUUACCACCACCCCAGCUCCACGCGGACAUCCGCGCAAAACUUCCCACCUUGCGAGGUUGAUGACAUAACCAGCGCUGCCCACUGCCCCGGCUAUGUCCCCCCCGCGUCAUCGUCCGACCACCUGGCUCACUUCGGACACACGGCUGCAGGCAGGCCGUAUGGGGGGUUUGAGCCCCCCGAAGGAGCGGGGGACGUCGGGGAUGGCGCGGAGGAGAAGUCCGACGGGUAUGCGCCAGAGCAGUACGGCGUCAGAGUCAAAUGCGAGGGCAGCGAGAGCACAGGAGCGCCGUGGGCAAGUAAUUACACCUUCAACAAGAGGUACAACACGCAGUUCUGGGGGUCGAGGCACUGCGUGAACUCCCAGGACGCUGGGGCGAACCCCGCGUUCAUCUCUAACCCCUAUGAGGGCAGCGUCGUGCGUCCGGAACAGUGGUAUCCUGGCGGGAUGCCCAGGACACCCUAUCCCAACUCCAACUACAUGAAAAGUGAGGUCGGUGAGUGGCUGGACGUUUCCUACAGCGACGCCGGCAGGUUCGAGGCUGGCAGAGAGCACAUGUUUCCCAUGGAGUUCUUCUUCCCCCCUCAAAGGACGUGUCUGAUCUGUUCAGAUGAGGCGUCUGGCUGCCAUUACGGCGCCCUAACUUGUGGAAGUUGCAAGGUCUUCUUCAAAAGAGCCGCUGAAGGCAAACAAAAAUACCUGUGUGCGAGCAAGAACGACUGCACGAUCGACAAGCUCAGGAGGAAGAACUGCCCCUCCUGUCGACUAAAGAAGUGUUUCGAAGCUGGAAUGACUCUCGGAGCACGCAAACUAAAGAAGAUUGGACAGCAGAAAACCUCAGAAGAUGAUCUUCCUGUGCAAGAACCCGCAGAACUCCCCCACCACACUUCUCCUCAAUCAGGUCCCAACUUCAACUCCCAGCUGGUCUUCCUCAACAUUUUGGAGUCCAUUGAGCCAGAAGUGGUGAACGCGGGACAUGACUGUGGUCAGCCAGACUCCGCUGCCAGCUUGUUGACCAGCCUCAAUGAGCUGGGGGAGAGGCAGCUGGUCAAAGUGGUCAAAUGGGCAAAAGGACUGCCAGGUUUCAGAAAUCUCCAUGUGGAUGACCAGAUGACCGUAAUCCAGCAGUCGUGGAUGACUGUGAUGGUGUUCGCUUUAGGAUGGAGGUCAUACAAGAACGUCAACGGCAGAAUGCUGUAUUUCGCUCCAGACCUUGUUUUCAACGAACAUCGGAUGCAUAUUUCUACAAUGUAUGAGCACUGCAUACGGAUGAGACAUCUGUCACAGGAGUUUUCGCUGCUGCAGAUCACCCAGGAGGAGUUCCUGUGCAUGAAGGCCUUGCUGCUCUUCAGUAUUGUUCCUGUUGAGGGCCUGAAAAGUCAGAAGUACUUUGAUGAGCUGCGCCUCACCUACAUCAAUGAACUCAAUCGUCUCAUUAACUGCCAAAUGGCCACUAAUUGUCCUCAGAGGUUCUACCAGCUGACCCGACUCCUAGACUCUCUUCAAAUGAUCGUAAAAAAGCUCCAUCAGUUUACGUUUGACCUUUUCAUCCAGGCUCAGUCUCUCCACACCAAGGUCAGCUUUCCGGAGAUGAUUGGAGAAAUCAUCUCAGUCCAUGUUCCAAAGAUCCUGGCAGGGUUGGCAAAGCCAAUUUUGUUUCACAAGUAGAUCUUUUUUUUCUCCCUCAAAGAGGUUUUUUUUUUCUGCAUCCACAAAUUUCAACCAAGGCUGUGAACUGUUUCCACACAAAUUCAGUUUGACUGCUUUUAGCUCUGUCCUGUAUGCACAGUAUUAUGGCUCUCGUUUUUUUGUUAUACCCUUUUAGUCAUAAUUACAGUUUGGUAUUCAUG